AACUCGCCGUCUCCGUUUCUGUUACUGCAUUCGAUUUAUACAUUUUAUUUGCUUGAUCUUCCCAUCUGAAAGUCAUCGAAGUCUCAUUUAUAUAGAGAAAAGGUGCUGCUUAUCGGUAUCAAUGGAUGCUUCAAAUAAUAGUGGAGACGAGACACAGAGGCGUCAAUGGAAGCCAGUCUUUGACGAAGCUGCCAUGUCGAAAAGGCCUCUCAAGAAGAUCCGUAGCCCUGAACGAGAAACCCCUUUUCAAUUCUCUCCUUCUUUAGCUCAUCCGUCUUCUUCAUCGGAUGCUCCUUUGCCAUCUUCGAGUCUGGCUUUACCUUUUCAUUUUGAUGCAUCUCAACGUUAUGGAAACAAUCCAACUCUCGUGCCGUCAUUCCGACCGUCGCCUCAAAAUCCGCAACACGGUGUCGUUUACCACCCGAUUUUCUCGGGAGAAUCGUCUCUAUGGCCUCAGCAACAUCAGCAGCAGCAGCAGCAGCAACUGGUUCAGUACUGGAGCAAUGUGUUGAAUUUGAGUCCGAGAGGGAGGCUGAUGAUGAUGAGCAGAUUGGGGCAGCAGGAUGGGACAGGGAGACAAUUGUUUAGGCCGCCGGUGCAACCGAUAAGUGCUACCAAGCUUUACCGGGGAGUGAGACAGAGGCAUUGGGGUAAAUGGGUAGCCGAAAUCCGACUUCCCAAAAACAGGACUCGUCUUUGGCUCGGCACGUUCGACACGGCCGAAGAUGCCGCCUUAGCCUACGAUCGCGAAGCGUUCAAGUUGAGAGGAGAGAAUGCAAAGCUCAAUUUCCCCGAGCUUUUCCUCAAUAAGGACCAGAAUCUCCCACUACAACAACAGGAGGAUCAGAAGCCGCAGCCUCCAGAAACGGAAACGUUACAAGAACAGGCAGCAGAGCCUGAAGAAGAAAACGUCGACACCGAUUCGGGGAUGACGACGGAGGGUUCGGGAGUUGGGGAUUGCGUAUCGGGUUCCCAGGAAAUGGAAUGGGGAGCCAUGGCAGAGGCGUGGUUGAAUGCGAUUCCAGCAGGCUGGGGACCUGGUAGCCCAGUGUGGGAUGAUUUAGACACCGAAAAGAAUCUUCUUUUCCCCUCAAAUCUUCCUUCCACAGAUCAAAAUCAGCAGCAGCAACAACAACAACAACAACAAAACAGUUCAUCUCCUCCUCUUUCAGCUUCUUGUCCAGCAAAACGCUUCUUCUGGAAAGAUCAAGAUUACUAAGUGAACCAUAUCAUCCAUCUUUCUAGUAAUAUAGCCAUUCUUUGCCCGCAGAUUUCACUUAUAAUUAGCAGAUUUCUUCACCACAACUGAUCGACCUGUGGUGGUUCAUUUAGUAGGAUCGGCAUCUAUUAGCUGCAGCCCCACCAUGAUUCAUAUAUUCCCAGUAACCACGUGCGAAAAGGUUGCGUAUCAUUUUUUCUGGCCUUUUAGCAGUGACAAAUCUCAUGUCUUCCAAUGUCUUUAAAUUAGCUUUAGGUCUUGCACGAUUGCACCAUGUUUUUUUGUUUUAGUAAUAAAAUCCAAUUU